UACCAAUUUUUUAUUGUAACAGAUAGCUAUAUGUGACCAUGUUAUUUUUGAGUUAUGAGAUAUUUUGUGCUUUUAACUUUAUCAAAGUUUGCCACUGUUUUUUAUGUUUACUUUAAAUAAAUUAUUAAAUACUAGUUGGAUUUACAAUUUUUUUUUAACUUUUUCAGACAACAAUGUUGUUAAAAGGUUUUGUUAUUGACUUAAUGCCUCCAUGUGGUUUGCAUCUCAUAUUAGCCCACCACCGGUAUAUGUACAAGUUUAUGUAUAAUGUCAUAAAUAAAAGAAAUAUGGAUAGUAGAAUUGGCAAAGCGUUUCGAAAUAUUGGUUGUACUUAUUUGGCUUAUCAAAUUGAGCAAUAUUUUAAAAGCAAAAAGAAGAAUUAUGAUGGUUCUGAAACUUUAAAAAUCAUUGGGAAUGAUUGUAAGUUAUUGGAAUUAAACAUUGAUACUUUUUUAAAUAGUUUUCUUGCCGACGGAGAAAAUUGGCUUGAUCAAAGUACCUUAAAGUUGCGACAAAUACUCGACCUCUACAAGAGAUUUGCUAGUCUUGCAAACGAUGUCAGAUCAACAUCUCCUGAGUUUUCAGGUACUUUCAAUGAAAGGUGUGAAGAGUAUUUUCAAAAGUUUAUUACGUAUGCUGGAUCUGAUUGUACUGAAGGCAUGCCAUACUUACAUUAUUUAAGAAAUCAUGUUGGAAAGCUUAUGGUAUUCUACGCUAGAUUUGGAUGGGGUUAUGGAAUGUUUAAUUGUAACGCAAGUGAACAUUUAAAUAAACGAAUUAAGUUUUCAGAGAUUAACGAAACGAAUUUAGACAGAACAAGAUUCGAAACUAUAAUUAGGUUAAUGCGUUUACAACAAUUUAUUCUAACAGAUUCUGUUAUGCCAAAGAUAAAAGAGAUAAUUUGUUCUGUGUGCAAAAUACCUGGCCACAAUAAGAAAAACAAAAGCUGUCCUCUACACCCUAGUCACCCAACCAAUACAAUUUGAAGAAUCAGACGAAGAAGUUUAGUUAAAAGUAUUUUAUUUGAGAAAAAUUAUAAUGUUCAAACUUUUCACUAUCAUUUUUAUGAAGUAAAAAAAAAAAUUGGUUUUGAGAAUUAAACGCUAAGUUAAUGAAA